UAGAUCUAAGGAAAAUGGCGGCGAUCUCAAACCGCACAUGGCUGAAACUGGAUGCAAUAUCUCUGGAUUUGAUGUAACUAGAUGACUUGGCCCUUGUGACAAUCACCUCGGCAGACUCAAGUGAACCAUGGCACAACAUACCAAGAGGAAGUUGGAUGAAGGUCAUGACACGCUGACCCCUCCAGGUCAAAGGUCAGGUGAUGAAGAGCACUAUGAGGCUGAUGAAGAUUCCUUUGAGGGAGGCUCUUCAGCUGAAGAGGGACCGAUGACUGCAGCCCAUAAGAACCUCUUGACACAGAACAGGGCGCUGAUGGCGGAGAACAUGGUCCCUGACGAUCUGUUCUGUCGUCUGUCUGCCAAGGAGGUUCUGACGCUGGCCGAGGAGAGGCGGAUCAAGGCCAAGGCCACAUGGGAGGCCAUGAACGCUGAGCUGCUUGAUCAUGUAGUUAGACGAUCCGACAAGGCGUUCUCCGUUCUUGAGGUGUCACUGAGGGAGUCAUGUCAAGGUCAUCUGGCAGAUCUGAUGUGUGGGGAGGUCGGAGGAGGAGGAGGUGGUGACACUCUGAUGGCAGAGGAGAACAAGCAAGCCAUACUGGACAACCGAGUGGACCUGACCAAUGACAUGACACCCGAUGAGGUCUUCAACGACCUCAUUGCAGAUCGUAUCGUCACGGUUACAGAGGUGAAACGUAUUCAGAACAAAAUCACCCGCGAGGCCAUGAAUGAGGAGCUUCUCAACUACCUUGUGCGCCGAUGUGAUCGGGGGUUCAAGGUGUUUAUCGAUUCUUUGAAGAAGACCGGACAGGAUCAUCUGGCUAAACGGCUGAAUACACCAUCACAGAGGCUUGGGCAGAAGCGGAAGAAACUAAAGUCGCUGAAUAUUCCGCCGAGUGAUGCCAGUUGGAGCGGUCUGAAGACACCCUCAAUCAACACACCACUCCCAACAGCCAAUCAAAACUCCCCUAACAAGUUAACAGCCAAUCAGAAGUCAGGAUGCAUCUCACAUCCAUCAACCAGCAAGAUUGCUUCAGAAACAGAUUCAUCAACCAGUGACAUUCCAUCCCACAGUGAAACCCAGAAUUCCACAGUUUUCCACCAAGACUUGUUGCCGGAAAACAUGUUUGCUGAUCAAGUGCCACAUUUACUGUCCAAUCAGAACAUAUCACCACUGACCAAUCAGAGCAUGUUUCCACUGACCAAUCAGAAUUCAACAAGUAACGAAGGCAACUGUUCAUUGGAAGAUGUAAAGCAGCAGAUUAUGCUGAUGGCGGAGAACGCCUACGCCAACAUCCGGCGCAGUGAUGACAGCAGCGAGGCGUUCGUCCAGUUCAGUCAGGAGAUGGCUCAGACCACUGAAAGCAUCAACGAGUCGCUCAAAGUGUACAAGAUGAUCAAAGACUUCUGUCAGAGGUCAGACGAUGAAGGUCAAGGUCAUGACAGCCCUGUUGUGCCAGAUGUGUCGUGAUGUGCCUCGUCUUUGAUAAUGAUAGGCUGCCAUAGUGAGUGAGUGAGGCUUUCCUCCGCUUUUAGCAAUAUUUCAACAAUAUAACGACUGGGGGACACAGAAAUGGGCUUCAUGCAUUGUACCCAUGUGGGGAAUCGAACCCAGUGAGACGAGCAGACACUUUAACCACUGGGCUACACCAGUGUCCCUCUAGGCUGCCAUAACAAUCCAGCCUUGUUAAUGUGUCAAGAUUUGAUGUAUGUGGUGCUUAACAAUCAAAUUGACAGUGGAACGCAUCCAUGUCAGCCGAUGUGUUCCAAUGAUACAACUCUUCUGCAACAACAAUCCAGUUGAAAGUGGAAGGCAUCCAGGUCUCCAUGACAACCAAGUUUGGCGGAUGUGUUACUGUGAAACAUCUGUUCUGCAGCAAGUCAUGAAACAAUCCAGGUUACCUUGACAAUCCAUUCUCUUCCCACAGAGGUAACUUGUCAUAUCUUCCUACGAACCUCUGUUCUAAUACGGCCCUUUCAUGGCACAAGUUUUGAUGAUUCGUGAUUGGUUGCAAUCUGAUUUAGUUGUGCAAUCAGC